AUGCCAAAAGUUAAAGUUGAGGAAACAGAGCCUGAAGAAUUUGUGGUAGAAAAAGUACUGGCCCAUCAUAUGGUGAAUGGGAAGGUGGAGGAUUUUCUGAAGUGGAAGGGAUUUACAGAUACCGACAACACAUGGGAGCCUGAAGAAAAUUUAGAUUGUCAAGAAUUCAUUGAAGCAUUUCUUAAUUCUCAAAAAGCUGGUAAAGAAAAAGAUCGUACAAAAAGAAAAGCUCUAUCUGACAGUGAAUCUGACCAUAGCAAAUCAAAAAAGAAAAGAGCGGCUACUGACAAACCUAGAGGCUUUGCUAGAGGUCUUGAUCCUGAACGAAUAAUUGGUGCCACAGACAGUAGUGGAGAAAGGAUGUUUCACCUGAAAUGGAAAGACUCUGAGAAGGCUGACUCGGUGCUGGCAAAAGAGGCAAAUAUGAGCUGUCCUCAAAUUGUAAUUGUUUUUUAUGGAGAGAGAUAA